CGCAGGUGCCCGCCGGAGCCGGAGCAAGCCGCUGCUGACGGGCCGGGCCGGGUCGGGACCCGGGCCAGGGAGAACCGAGGGGCCUCCGCGGCCGCCCGGCCCGGCCGCGGAACAGGCUCCUGGGACCAUGGGCCUCAAGCCCUGAGGACAGGAGGCUCCCUGUGGCCAUGACGACAGGUGACUGUUGCCACCUCCCUGGCUCCCUAUGUGACUGCUCCAGCAGCCCUGCCUUUUCCAAGGUUGUGGAGGCCACAGGGCUUGGGCCACCUCAAUAUGUAGCACAAGUGACUUCAAGGGAUGGCCGGCUGCUCUCAACUGUCAUCCGGGCUUUGGAUACUCCGAGUGACUGUCCCUUCUGCCGAAUCUGCCAUGAGGGAGCAAAUGGGGAGAACUUGCUGUCCCCAUGUGGCUGCACUGGUACACUGGGAGCUGUGCACAAGAGCUGCCUGGAGAAAUGGCUGUCUUCCUCCAACACCAGCUACUGCGAGCUGUGCCACACUGAGUUUGCAGUGGAAAAGCGGCCCCGACCUCUCACAGAGUGGCUAAAAGACCCAGGGCCGCGCACUGAGAAGCGGACACUGUGCUGUGACAUGGUGUGCUUCGUGUUCAUCACACCACUGGCCGCCAUCUCAGGCUGGCUGUGCCUGCGAGGGGCCCAGGACCACCUCCGUCUGCAUAGCCGGCUGGAGGCCGUGGGGCUCAUUGCCCUCACCAUCGCCCUCUUCACCAUCUAUGUUCUCUGGACACUGGGUGGAGGCCUGUCUCUACCUUCCAACCCACUGCAGGACUGCCCCCGCAGGUCUCUUUCCGAUACCAUUGCCAGCUGUACUCGGAAUGGAGGAAGACCAAUCAGAAAGUUCGCCUGAAGAUUCGUGAAGCAGAUGGCUCCGAGGACCCCCACCACUCCUUGCUGGCUACUGGACUCUUAAAAAAGGUGGCAGAGGAGACCCCUGUGUGAAGGCCUGGCUGUCAGGGCUCUGAGGUAGUGGACAGACCAGAGUCAGAUGGCAAUGCACUGGCAUUUGGAAAGAUGGAAGCUGCCUGACUUUUCAUGCACAGCUCUGAUGCUUCUCAGGCCAAUAGCAACAGCAAGCAGAGCCUGCUCUGUGAUCCUGUGUGAACAUAUUUUCAAGGGUUUUGUUUUGCACAUUAUUGUAUAUGACAAGCACAGAUGGACAGAUUUGAGCUUUGGAUGGAGUAGGCACCCCUAUCUCAUUCUGAGAUCUGUUUGACAACUUUUGGACAGCAGCUUUAGCUGCUGGUGUCAAGGGUGCCCGUUGGACUCAAAGGUUCCAGCAAGCUUCUUGCAUUAUUCUGCACCUAGCUGGCUUGCUUUACUGGCACUCUUGACUUACAAACUUAUAAAGUUGCACUGCAUUUCAAAAACCCACCCCUGAAUGAAUAAAAGGAGCCCUUGCUGGCUAAUGUGGA